AUGACUGCCAGGGAACGGGAAAACCAACUGUCCAAGAUUAAGCAGUUCUUCCGCAUAUACAAGCCCGGCAGUGUGUCAAGCUCUCGCCAUGAUUUACCGAUCUCGCCAGAACUGGAACGCGAGCUGCGGCCAGAAACACCCGUCACCCAACGAUGCAAAGCUUUACGAGACUUUGGCGAACAGGUGAUGACGUCCCGACUCGAACCGGACGCAGUACAAUCGCUGUGGGAGCUGACAAAGGACUUGCUCGUCGGCAACAAGCUGAUGGAGCAACGCCAGUGCGCACUGGCCUUCUAUUGCCGGCUCAUACAGGGGCAGUACGACAGUCUGGGGAUGAUGCGGGCCCAGUUCUAUCGCGUGAUCGAAAGCCACAGCGAACCGGAAGAUAUUUCCUAUCGGUUGGAGAUGCUGAAGCAGCUCACCGAGACGGGCAAGAACAUUCAGCAUUUCGAAAAGGAGAUCGGCCCGUUUCUGCUCGAGUGGAUUAAACCGAUCCACGAGGCGGGUCUGAUUGAUUCGCUGCUGGAGCUGAUCGUGAACCUGAUCAAGUACAAUGCCGCCAGCCUGGAACCGAAGUUUCUCGUCGGCGUUGUGUCGUACAUUUUCGACAUGACGUGCAACAAGCAGGAAACGAACACGAUACUGCUGUGUCUGUCGGUGCUGGAUUGCUUCAUCUGUUACGCGAUCAUACCGAACGAAUCGCUCACGCUGUUCAUUAUCAUCCUGUGCCGGAUGGUUAACCAGGAGGCGUACUGUCAACACUCUUGGAAGAUUAUGAAGAAUCUCUUCGGGACGGCACUCGGGCAUGCGACGUUGCUAACGAUGUGCAACAUACUGAACAAUCCGGCCUUUCACCAGGACGAUGCUCUGCUCCGUGGGGCCAUCUUUCACACGAACGUCGGACUGUGGGGUAUCAGCGUUGUGCCGAUCCUCAACUGUUCGCCUUCGCUAGUGUUGACCAGCUUUUGGAAUGCACUGAAAAGUAGACAUGUGAUUGUUACGUACGAAGUAAUACUGAGCAUGAAUCGGUUAAUACAAAAGUCGGGCAACGAGCUGAACGAACCAACGUGGGAUAUUAUUUGCGAUAUCAUGACGGAGAUUUCGCACAACCUCGCCAUACAUCGGUUACCGGCGGAACAUACGGUCGUUACGCACUUUCACGAAACGCUGAACAUGAUCGAAACGCUCCUGCAGCAGGGCAUCAUGAACGCGGACCCGGAGAAAGUGUACGCUUUGAUCGAGCACGUGUCUACCGAACGACCGGAAGCAUCGGUUCGUCAGCUGAUCGACUAUAGGGCCAGUAAAAUAUCGGCCACACGGUCGGAGUGGUUGAAACAAUUGUGCCAGUUUAUGGAUCGAUUUUACCGCAUGAAGAACAGUAACGUGCGAAUCUACGCGAUACAAGCCCUCGAACGGAUAAUGUCUGCCAACCGAGCGGCGUACGAGGAUGAAAUACUCGAGCGUAUUGUGAUCGUGCAUCUGGGCACGGUACCGCUGGAGAAGGAUGCCGAAGUAAGGAAGGCGGUUGCACGGACGCUUAUCGAGUUUACGAUCCACUGCGAGACGAAACGCUGCAUCGAGCUGUUGGAAAUAGUGGAAAAGUUGCUGCACCGUCCGUACGACGAGAACCAGGUCGUUCGGUCGGAGCAGGAUGCCGAAGAUAUUAUACUGCUGGUGGAUGGUUUGAUACGGUUGUUUAUCGUGAAGCUGUACCGGUUGCCUUCGUUGCACGCGAUCCGUGUGUAUAGCAUGCUGAUCGGAUUGCUCGAACUGCACUACCAGCGUCCGCACGUGCUGGCGAACGUGACCACCGUUCGUUACCGGAUAUUUUCCUGGAUGAUGAAGGCGCGCGCUAACGGUUCGUUCCAUAUAGGUUAUCCCGAUCCGGAGGACGGUAAUCGGGUGCGGUUUUCGCAUUACCUAGGCAUAGAGGGACCGUACCAGCAUCAGAGCCUACAGCCGCAACCAUAUUUGUCGAGUCAAUCGACCAGCCAGUUAAAUCUAACCGCCACCGGGGGUUCCGAUGCUGGUUCGAAGGCAAUGGAUCGUAUCCCGGCCACGAACCUUACGACGAUCUCGAUCAAGCGCGGCUGCCAGGUGAUCGUGCUGUGCCUGAAGGAGGAAAAGGACUGGGAGGUGAUUCAGCUUGUGCUGACCGAACUGCCCAGCGUGAUGCAGAACAAGGCACUGAUCCAGGGUAACGAUGUGGACUCACUCGCCCGCACACUUUACCGCAUGUACACGGAUAAGAUGCAGCUGGAGAAGUUGCAGCUGCCCGCGAACAUGGUACCGAAGAUGUCCGACUACAUGGAGCUGAUACUACCCGCCCUGUCGAGUCUCGCGAUGUAUCAUCAGCAUUUGGAUUUUAACACGCAGAAGAACAUCAUCGACGCGCUAAAGCAGGGCUUAAUUUCACGUCGUCCGCACGAAUGCAUCCGCAUGCUUACGAUCCUGCUGCUCGAGAUGCCGGAACAGCUGAUGCCGAAGAUGGCCGACCUGCUGCUGGAGUUGAGCAAAAUGACCGGCACGAAGAUGGUCGCACUGCCGGUGCUGGAAUUUCUGUCCACGCUCAUCCUGGUGCCGAGCUUCCGGUUCGGCAACUUUACCAUGCGCACGUACAUGUGCGUGAUGGCGAUGUCGCUACCAUUUACCAACCCGUUCCGGUACGAUCACUAUACGGUUUCGCUGGCGCAUUACGUUGUGGCGGCUUGGUUCAUCAAGUGCAAGCUGCCAAUGCGCCACCAGCUGGUAAAGUUUAUCGUGCAGGGUCUCGAAUCGUACGUGCACGUACCGUUUCAGGAUGGAUCGCGAGCGUUCUCGCAGGUGAACGAAGAUUCGUCCGAGCGCAAGCGUAGCUCCAGCCUGACGGAGCAAAGUUCGCGCCGUCGCGAUCGCAUCCAACAGCAGGCACAGCAACAGAAGCAAUCCCAGCAGCAACAGCAGCAACAAACGGGCCAGCGCCCAUCGGGUACGGCUGGUGUCGCAUCGUCCACCGCGUCCGGAUCGGCCGUUUCCAUCGCGCAAUCAUCCGCACAGCUACCGACGCAGAAGGUAUACGCGAUUUCACCGCUCAAUGACGAUAUGUAUCGGUUCCACUGUGAGCUGGCGGAUACGUGCGUUGACUUUAUGGUGCGCCACACGUUUUCGCCCUGCUCCGGCAUCUCGAAGCGUUUGCCGUCGGCCGAUUUUUUGCUAUCCGGCGGUCAAUCAAUGACCUGGCUGGUCGGGCACGAUCUGAUCACCAUCACGACGAGCGGUUGUUCGGGCGUCACCUUCCGGAACGGGCUGUGCGAUCGGUGCCAUCAGUAUUGCCAGUCGGCGGCAAACAGUGGUAGCGGAGCCGAUUCCGGUAGUGCAAAAUUGGUUCCAUAUCAGCAGCAGUACCCGCACCAGCCCAACACCCAUGCACUGUUGUCGAAGUCGAAUAGUAGCGCAAGCACCGCGACCACCACGACGACGGUCGGUGGUGGACAGCCGCUUUCACCGGAGCCACAGUUUAGCAGUGCCUCAUCCGGCAAAGAUUCCGGACUGUCCGGGAUAGGGCUGGGAGCGGACGGUGGUAGUACGGGUACUGGCAAAACCUUGUACCCAACCGACAAUGGAGGAGCCCCGAUGACACCUGCGUCGGCAUCGACGUCGAAUAAAAGGUAUACCAAAGCCAGUUUGCAACACAGUAGCGCAAAUGAAUCGGACAGCACCGAUCUGACGACGUCCAGUUCGACCUCAUCUUCGACAGCGGCAACACCAUUCCCAACGGCACCGCACUCCGCCCACGGGCCCGUGUCUGCCGGCGGACUAGCGGCCACUGGAACUACAACAGCUGGCAAUCGCUUUUUCCGCCAGGGCUCACAGGAAGGUUACUCGUCCGGGUCGCUGGAAGCACUAUCGCGCCGUGGAAGUAAUCCCGACUCGGCGGAUCCUAUAAUUGGCCCGGGUAUGGGUGGAAUGGGUUCGGCUGGAGGGGAACUGCAGUUGCAGCGCACUAGCUCACUAGUAGCACCGCGCGCUCCACCAGGUUUAAUGGCCACCAUCGGCAACCGUUUGAUCCUACCGCAGCAGCUCAGUAGCUCGCUGACCGGUGGUUCCUCAUCGUCGUCCGGUAUCGGGUUCGACAAGCCGGUACAACCGUGCGCCUGCGUGUGUACGGGCUGGGCGGAAGUAUGCGUUCGCCGACCGACCGGCUUUACUUCGUGGAUAACACGCAUCCAAACGCAAGUUUCGCACGAUAUACUCGGGGGUGAUGUAGCGCUGCAGGAUCUUACAUCACUAUUUGCGCCCAGCGUCGGCGGUGGGGUGGUCGGGACGGAUUACCUGACAAUAGUCGCUGGCGGCCAGCAACCGUACGGUACCGAUGGAAUCACACCCUUCGGUAGCAGUGUUGAUAUUCCAUCGGCGACGAUGGUUGAUCGAUUAGCGGCCGGACCAUCCUUUACAUCCGAAGGUGACAUACAACCAUCCAACCUGGGAAGUGCGGAACAGGUGAAUGUUUCCGUGCAGCAAGCGUCCGUGUACCAGCACACGCGUGCAAAAGUGUCCAUCUCGGACGAAGUGUUUGAAAUGGUCAAGAAAACCGAUUCGAAGAAGAAACCGUCGGUAGAGGAGGAACAGGAACAGAGCGAGGACGAGGAGCUGAAGAAUGUCCUCUCGGGAGGUGUAGAGGGUGCAUCGCUGAGUGGUGGCGGAUCGGGCCCUAUUAACAUUCCCGGCAAGCAGUCGAGCACCGCACUAGCUUCCGACGAUGAAGACGACGAGGAUGACGAUGACGAUGAUAGUGAUGAGAAUGGGCGAAGAAUUCGAUACGAUGGUACCGAGGGUGUCAUGUUUGACGAUACGGAGGGCCGUACGCGCAAACCGGUUCGAAGAGUCAACUCAAGCCCCGAGAUGGGCACCAAAUGGAACAGUCAGUUUUUGAGCAAAGCGAAAGAGAACGUGGGACAGGAUACGGCCGGCAUGGUGGUUGCUGCUGGCGGCGAUUCGGGAUCAGCUGUUGUAACUACUCCCGGCCAGACCACCGAAGGUGCCGUGGUGGAGAAGAAAAAAUCCGCCUACGGUAAAGGUGUCAGCUGUGAGGCAAUUCCGGAGGAAAUCGCCGGCUCAACGCCUCCGCCACCGACGGCACUGCGGAUGCAGAGCAACAUGCACGAUGCAUCGGCUGUUGCGCCGCCGACGGUUCGCGGCACGGUUACGGCGAAGCAUCAAGCCGAGUUCAGUGCGAACAAGGCGACAGCGAUCACAACCUCGCUGCCCGAGUCCAACACACUCGAUCCGAUGCCCGCCUCGAUGGUGGCGCCCCGCAAGCAACACUCAGCGGACGAUGCAACGCUAGCAACGCGCGCACUCACCGACAGUGGGGCCGCAUCGAACGAAGCGAUUAACUCACAAAGCGCCACCGUGUCGAACGCAGCGAGCCAGCAGAUGAUCGCACCGAUCGCGAUGCAUCCGAUCACGCACACGUCAUCCUCGUCCGCGCUCAGCCUGAAGCUGCCGAUGGAGAAGGUAACGAGCAAACCGCCCCAAUCGCCGGUACCACUGUCGCCCCGGUUGAUAGCGCGGAACACCACCAACCUGAAGCAGUCCAGUUCCGGCACCGCGUCGCCAUCGUUUCCAGCGAUGGGUGGUUCAGGCAUGGGGGGUGGCCUGCUCGGCAUGGGCGGUGCCACCAACGAUAAUGACAAUCUGCCACGCGGUCGCUCCAAAACCAUUUCCACCGUGCGGGAGCACUAUUCGCGCGAUGGUUCCAAGUGGAGUGCGGCGAACGUGUCGCGGAUGCGCAACGAGCACAUCAACCGUACGGUGGUCAGUCCGAGCUUUGUCUUCCUGCAGCUGUACCACCACGGGCAGUUCGGCAGCGAGUGUCCGCUGCUGAUGGACAAAGAUCCGGAGAAGGCGAUCGCACUGCUCGAUCUGAUACCGCCGUUCGAGAUGCACAAGAUCGGUGUGCUGUAUGUGGGGCCGGGCCAGGCAGGGAACGAGACGGAGAUUUUGAAAAACCGGUACGGCAGCCUGCGGUAUGCGGAGUUUCUGAGCAGUCUCGGUACGCUGGUCGCGAUCAAGGACGCCAAAGAGAAGAACAUCUUCAUCGAUCUCGAAAGCAACGGUAAGGACGGUGCGUUCACGUACAUCUACCAGGAUGACAUCGUGCAGCUAACGUUCCACGUUGCGACACUGAUGCCGAACAAGCGGCAGGAUCCGCACUGUAAUGAGAAGAAGAAGCACAUCGGGAACGAUUUCGUCACGAUCGUGUACAACGAGAGCGGUGAGGAGUAUGACCUGAAAACGAUCCGGGGUCAGUAUAAUUACGCGUGCGUAAUUGUGGAGCCAAUCGAGCUUAACAGCAAUCGCGUUUUCAUCCGCUCGAAGGACGACAUCGCCCAGCACGUGACGCGGGAUACGAAAAUCGUCUCCGAUCAUACGGCACCGUUACUGGCCCGCCAGAUGGCACUGCAUGCGAACUUAGCCUCGCUGGUUGCCCAAUCGCUGAAAACGAAAAACUCUAGCCCGUACUCCUCGAACUGGCUGGAGCGGUUGCGUAAGAUCAAAAACAUUCGCUCCCGGUAUGGGCAGCAGCAGGAGGACCAGCAGAAGCAGCAACAGCAGCUGCAGCAGGGCGGUGGCUCGGCAAACGAUCUCAGCUCGGCCGCCAACAGUGCAACCAGUGGCAUCAGUUAUCAUGUGGACGAUUUUUCAAAGUACACCGUCUGA